CAGAACCUUCCCUCCGGCAGGGGCCGGACUCGCCGCGCCACUUCCCGGCCCGCCUGGUACCCUCCUGUCCGCCUGCGGGAGCUGACCCGAGCUGUCUUCUCCUAGGGCCGCGGCGAGAGGGCGAGAGUCCGCGCGAUCCGAGGGAGCGGUGCCUGCACGGGCUCGCGCCUUGCGGGGCCCCACGGCGACCGAGGGGACGAUGGACUGCUGUCCCGGAGGCCACCCUGCGCUUGCCGGUCCUCGCUAGUCGCUCGAAUUUGCUUUUUACUCACCAGCUAGGCCUUGUCUCCUGACUCAGUGGCGUCGUGGUUCGAAAGAAAUGGAAGAAAAGGAACGAUGUGACCGAUUCCGUCCGAUCCUCCUACAUUGAGGCCUGGUUGGCAUUUUUAGAGGAAAAUACAGCCAGAGAGUCGUGGUUUUUUGGAGGGGGGUGGGAGGGGAGGGUGGGGAAAGGACAACAAGAUCUUACAUUUUAUAUGAUUUUUUUAAAAAAAAUCUGUUCUUUGACAGUGGUGGCGAAAUAAACUAGUUCAAAAGUUAUUUUUCUAUUGGGAAGAGAGAAGAGGUGUUUUUUUUUUUUUCCCUUUUGAUUCCAACCUUUUCUCCCAGUGACAAAGCAUAAAUCAUGGACACCAGGGAAUAAGGUGGACCUCAGGAAUCUGGAAAAGACGGAGAAGCUGACACUCUCUCAGGAGGGAAGAGUGGGGUGUUUUUAGCCCUCUCUGGAACCUGAAACGAAAAACAUGAGUUGCAUGCCAUGGAAAGGAGACAAGGCCAAAUCGGAAUCACUGGAGCUGCCCCAGGCAGCACCCCCACAAAUCUACCAUGAAAAACAGCGCAGGGAGCUCUGUGCUCUCCACGCCCUCAAUAACGUCUUCCAGGACAGCAAUGCCUUCACCCGGGAAACACUGCAAGAGAUUUUCCAGAGGUUAUCUCCUAACACCAUGGUAACACCUCAUAAGAAGAGCAUGCUGGGAAAUGGGAACUAUGACGUGAAUGUCAUUAUGGCAGCACUUCAGACCAAAGGCUAUGAGGCCGUGUGGUGGGACAAGCGCAGGGAUGUCGGUGUCAUUGCUCUCACUAACGUGAUGGGCUUCAUCAUGAAUCUGCCCUCCAGCCUGUGCUGGGGUCCACUAAAGUUGCCUCUCAAAAGGCAACACUGGAUCUGCGUUCGAGAGGUGGGAGGGGCCUACUACAACCUCGACUCCAAGCUCAAGAUGCCCGAGUGGAUUGGAGGCGAGAGCGAGCUCAGGAAAUUUCUCAAACAUCAUUUGCGAGGAAAGAACUGUGAACUCCUGCUGGUGGUACCAGAAGAGGUGGAGGCCCAUCAGAGUUGGAGGGCUGACGUGUGACCCAGUUCGGCCCUACCUUCUCCUUGCCUCAACCCCUCCAGUCCUCUGUGAUAUGCUGUGGCCUCCAUGGUGGGCCUGCCCUUGCCACCUUCCCAGACAUCUCAUCGGGGAUCCCCCAGUCCCCAGAUUUGAUAGUGCAAUAGGACAGAGGUGUGGACUGUUACAAGAACCACCCAGCGUUGUUUGUUCCUGGGAAAGGGAGGCAGGAGUUCCAUGGGCUUAGGGCAAGGGAUCGAAAGCUUUGUUUUAUUUAAGAGGGAGAAAGAGAAAGGUGGGUCCUAGUUUAUUUUUCCCUUUCCCUGAGGUUUGCUGGAGUUGUCCUUGCUGCUCCACUCCUGUCACAUUAGUGGGUCUGAAGACAUAGUAUAUGUAAAGCCCACGUGACUGGUUUGAAGAGCAGACGGGUCUCAGGAAACCCAUCUCCAAAACCCUGGCAGCAGUCGACAUGCUGUCUUGGACUCUGACACCACCCCUCCUCCCCAUUUUUAAGGGUGGUUUAUGGCCAGCCUUAGUUUUAUAAUGAAAAAGUCUCAUAUUCCAAGCCGGGUGAUUGAAUCCCACAGUAUUCUAGCGUGACGGGUGUGAGAUAAGAGACCCGGGAGGAUAUGGCCAAAGCCCAGCUGGAGCUGACGUGCAUGGCUGGUUUCUUCACUCCAGUUCUGCCCCUACUGUUUGCCUGCAUUGACUUAGGAGGCUCGGGAAAAACAGGCAAAGGGACACUUCUGUCAACUGGCCUGCUCUGGAAAAAGCAGAGAAAAACUAAGUCUGCCUUUCACAUCAAAUUCCACUAGUUGGGUGAGGAAAAUAACAUUGGUAAAGUCCUAGGGGCAGAGGCCGAGAAAGCCCUGGAGCUGGGUGGGUCUGUGCAUUGCAUUACAGGAUCCAGGUCGGUCAUCUUCAUGUAGUUUCUUUACGAAUCAACUGAAGAUUGACCUGACCCCUACCUCUCAAAAUAGUUGUAGGCCACUUUUCUCCUGUAACUUUGGAAAAUGAGACAAAGAAGGGCAGCGUGUAUGGUACCACGUCACCAAUGUGGUGUGGUUGCUUCAGGGCCGGUGGGUAGGCAGCAAUGACCCAGCUUCCCCUCAGGUGGAAGGCCGAUGGUCCGGGCAGGUCUGAGAGCCACCCUGCUGGCCAGACUUCUCUCCAGCGGCAGAACCAGCCUGGGGCUUGCAUGUCGAUCCUGAGCAAGCUUCACGGGGUGAGCCGAGGCUUUCUCCCCCUCUGACUGGAGUGCAUGUUUACACCAGCACUUUUCUGCACAUGUAUCUUCAACGAGGCCAUUUUUUACGCUGAGUAACAGAGGCCACCAAGCGGCUCCUGCAUUAUGCUCUCAGCACUGGCCGCAGUCUCUCCUGCAACUUUCUACACCAGACCUGCUUGGCACUACAGGGAGCUCUACCCUGCACAAUGACAUUCCAACCACCACCAGCCGGAAGUUCCAGCCAGCCUUGCUGAUCGUCACAAGCAGGACCAUGGGUCCAUUGGCACUGUCAGUGAUAGUAAGCCAUUUCCUGGGAAGAGGGAAACUCUUCUCCACAAUCUGCUUGGGCCUGUGCAAAUGGCACUUCAGAGUCCCCAUGCACUUGGAGUCCUUGAGCCAAUGGGAUAUGCAAAGACGCUUAAACAUUUCAGGGCUGGUUUCUCUGUUCAUAUCCAAUUCUGGUGCUUAGGAACAGGGACCCAUGCUGAUGCCUAAGGGCAAAAAGCCCCACUUCCUUUAAGAAAGGGAGCAGGCCUGACCCUGAUGCCCAAUAAGGGGCAACCCUAGGCUUUUUGUUUUUCUUGCUUUUAUUCCCUUUUUUUGUUGGCCUUGUGCUGGGUUUGUUUACAAAAGAUGUAUUUUGUUUAAUCAAAUAUUAAAAAUGGAAAACUCCGUA